AUUACAUAACCUUGCAAAUGUUUAACAGCAUAGCAGACAGAAUGUUAUUUAAAAAAACGAUAUGAAUGUUUAAUUAUGCGAGAGUGUAUUUUUUUACUCGAUGUAUCGUUAAAGUGAUGACAUUUGGAAAAAAAAAAGAAGAAAGAAAUAUUUUAAAUGGUGAAUAUCAAUGAGAAUUUAACGAACGGUAAAUAAUAUUCCGGUAGGUAAUAGUAAUCGUUCGUGAAAUAAAUGGCAUCCGAGAAAACUUUUCUCCAUAAAAGAAAGAGAGAGAGAGAGAGAGAAAGAAGUAAAAGAUAUAACAAUAACACGAUGAGCUUUUAGUUUUCCGUUCGUAGGUUUUUCAAAUGUUUACAUAAAUGGUAUUAUUGCGCGAAACACGCGAAAAGAAAAUAGAUCAAAUCUUGGAGAGUCUACAGGCCCGGGGUUGCGUCGGCGCAUGCGUCGUGACUUUAGUCGAUAGGCGCAUAAGUAACGGCACACAGUAGUUCUCGUAAUCGACGUUGUUACGUUGUCUUAACCUCAAAGUUAAACAUUCCCAUCGUUUUAAACAUUUUUAUAUUACUUCUCAAGUCAUCUUUCUAACAAGGUAUAAUUAGUGAAUACAACAAAUGCAAUUGGAUUUUAAUCGAAUAAUUGAAAACAUACGAAUUCUUGGCUAAUUUUACUUUUUCGUUGUUUCUUUGUGAGUAUUGUUGUUUUGUUUUGCUUUUUCUUAUAUUUUUGGCUCGAGUUGAACGAAUAAUAAGUGCUGAGAGAAAAGUUUAUGGCUCGUCGUAUAGAAGAUAACAUUCGUUUGAAAGAUGGGUCAUGGAUCAAGUCGUUCCGCUUCUUCUGCAAAUAUUCUAUCCGCAGAAGAAUUAACAUUGGUGGACAAUCUAUUUAAAUCAAUGUCUAGGAGUUCAGGUUCAAUAAAACGUGAGGAUAUAUUUAAACACUGGUCGAUGCAUUUGGAUGAUGUAUUAUUACAAUUUGUCGUAAGAUUUCUAUGUCAUGAACCUGGUAAAAAGGUGUCCGCUGUAAAUGGAGAAAAUUUUGGUCGUUUGUAUGUUUAUGCUGUACGUGGUAGUGCAGGUGAACGUACCGAUUUGAUAUUUGAAGGAUACUCUGAAGAAGAGCAAAAAGUUGAGAUACCUACUGCCACAUUUCUUCAAUAUAUUCAAGCUACUAUAAAUUCAUAUUUAAGACUGCAAAAGAAUGCCGCUAAUUUGCAUUAUCUAUCAUGGAGUAGUAUUGGUUGUACUGUAAAUAAUAGACGUAUUAAUAUGCGUUCUCGUAGUCUGUGCGAAGAUAUUAUCAAAUACGGUGAUGUGUUGACGGUUGAUCAGAUACAAAAUUGGUUUGCUGCAGCUGCUACGUUUAAAAAUAUUCAAUCACACGUAUUUCAGUGCCUUUUCUUAGUUACACAGAAGAAAGGAGAUAAAAAUACGAGUGCACGAAUUAAUGAAUUAAAUCUAUUACCUGUUUGUAAAGGUUUAGAAAAUAUUCCACAUUUUCCAAGUAUAUUAGGACUUGGCGAUGUUCUGUUCUUAAACUUAAGUUUACCUCAUGAAUUAAGAAAAGAAUGGAGAUUUUUAUUUUCUACUCAAGUACACGGAGAAUCAUUUUCCACAAUGUUAGGAAGAAUAACAAUGCAAGGUGCAACAAUUAUAAUAUUACAAGAUACGGAUGAUCAUGUAUUUGGUGGUUUUGCUCCAGAUAGUUGGAGAUUAGGACCAAAUUUUAUAGGAAAUCAUACGUGCUUUUUAUUAAAACUUGAACCAGAUAUUUUAACGUUUCCAUCUACAAGUUAUAAUAAUCAUUAUCAAUAUUUGAAUUUUAAUCAACAAACUAUGCCUAAUGGUUUGCUUAUGGGUGGACAAUUAAAUUAUCCAGGAUUAUGGAUAGAUAGUGAAUAUGGUAUUGGUAAAUCAAGCAUAUCCUGUACAACAUUUCAAAAUUAUGUGCAAUUAAGUGGUCAAGAAAAUUUUAAAAUCAAGCAUUGCGAGGUAUGGGGUGUUGGUCCAAUACCAAUCGUUGAAGAAGACGUACGAGAAAAUAAAUCUGUUUUAGAUCAAGAUCCAACAGCUAAAGUAUUGAUGGAACUUCAUGGACGUAAAAUGCAUAGCGAAGGAAUCAGAGAUAAAAAAGACUAAUUGAUGAAACGUUAACAUUUAAUGAUUAUUGUAUAAGACUCACGUGUUAUUAUUAAGUAUAUUAUAUGUUUGUCAUUGAAAUUGUUAAUUGAAAUGAAGAUUUAUUGAAAAUUAAUCA